AUGAAGGUCGAAGUCGAAGACCCACCACCAUACGAGGAAGCCGCUGGAAUCAAGCUCGACAUCUCCGAGCACGGUUCCAACAACUUUCUCGUCUCUGUGAUUCCCCCGCAUCAGCCGGAGAAGACGGACAAGGGUGACUUCAAACGGGCGCCACUCGACUUGUGUUGCGUUAUCGAUGUCUCCGGGUCCAUGGAAGAGAGCGCUCCCGCGCAGAGCGAAGAUGGGAAAACGAAGGAAGACACCGGAUUGACAAUUUUGGAUGUGGUUAAGCAUGCUAUGAAAACUAUCAUUGCGACUUUGAAUGAUGAUGAUAGGUUGGCUAUUGUUGCUUUUGAUACGAGGGCUGAGCUUAUCACAGACUUCCAGUACUCAACUGCGAGUGGGAAGAGUUCCCUAAACGGUAGUGUGGACCGUCUAGAGCCGAAGGCCUCCACAAAUCUCUGGGAUGGCUUGAAAAUGGGCAUGAACCUUCUUCAUGAUCUCCAACAUAAAUCCGAGGCCUCCGGGUCCUCGACCACGGCAAAGAAGGCAAACAAUCGUCUUGCCAGUUUGUUCAUUUUGACAGACGGCCAGCCAAAUGUUAACCCUCCUCGUGGCCAUAUCCCCAUGCUCCAGCAAUGGCUAGAGUCUCACCCGGAUACCCGAUUUGCCAUCAACGGCUUCGGAUUCGGGUAUGACUUGGACUCUUCGUUGAUGUCUGAUAUCGCCAGAACUGGAGGUGGCCAUUAUGGUUUUAUUGCUGAUGCCGGAAUGGUUGGCACUGUUUUCGUACAUGCCUUGGCAAAUCUCUUUUCAACAUAUGCCACUACCUGCCAUCUCAACGUCGAGGUGCCGGACGGUGCGAAGGUCAAGAAGCCUCGCGGUGAAUUCCCAUUCACUGAAUCAUCAUGGGGCGCAAAGAUUGACAUUGGCGACAUCCAAUAUGGACAAUCUCGAGACUUUAUCAUUGAAAUCGAUGGUCUUUCGGAACCUAAGCCUGAAGAUAUAAUCGUCACACUUGUGGCCAAGCCAUGGGAGUCUGAGGAUGUUGUAAACCAUGCGGUCACAAUCACCACAUCUCCAGAGCCAACUGAUACAAGCAGGGAUUACGAAUAUCAUCUACAUCGUCUAAAUUUCGUCACAACGGUCUAUGCCCUCGCGAAGGAUGCCUACAAGAAGGUCGGCCAAGAUCUAACUGAUGCCCUCAAAGAAGUUCAAGCAACCUUUGAGGAACAAUCGAAAACGAUCAAAGAGAAUCUAGGAGAUCAUCCCGCAGCUGAACCCCUCGGUACAGAUAUCGGUGGUGAAGGUCUUCUGGCUGUAGCCCCAGAUGGUACAGCCUGGAAAAAAUGGGGAAGACAUUACUUCCCCUCGCUUGCUCGGGCUCAUCAAAUGCAGCGCUGUAAUAACUUCAAAGACCCGGGUCUACAGGUAUACGGCAAGGACUCGCCGCUUUUCAUCAAAUCUCGAGACUUUGCAGACGCGGAAUUCGAUAAAUUACCACCUCCAACACCAAGCUCUACACCAAUGCCUGACUUCUCAAAUUUUGGUCGUGGUGGCGGAGGUGCUUUCGCCUCAGCCCCGAGGGUAGCCUUGUCCAGCAUGUCUCGGUAUAACGUCAGAGGUGGAGUAUGUUUUACCGGUGAUUCGCCUGUUACCCUCGUAGAUGGCACCAAAGUCCGAAUUGACACUUUAAGACGAGGAAGCAUUAUCAUGACCGGCCGAGGAGCUGGAGAAGUCAGUGCUAUCGUCAAGACAAGAAUUUCUGGAACAACAGAUAUCUGCACGAUUGGAGAUAUGAAGGUCACACCCUGGCACCCAAUACACUAUGACGGGGCUUGGAGGUUCCCAAGUGAUAUUUUACAGCCGGAGGAAGUUGAAUGCGAAGCGGUAUACUCCGUUCUCAUGAUGCCAAGUCCAUAUGUCGAGGAUCACUCGAUGUAUGUUGAUGCCAUUAGGGUGGCAACAUUGGGACAUGGAUUGGUAAAUACGGAGAAUGUUGAGAAUGAUGUGAGGAAUCAUGAGUUCUUUGGAAACUAUUCAGCAGUAUUUGACGGCUUGAGGGAGUUGAAGGGGUUCUAUGAGGAUGGGGUUUGUGAAUGCGAGGGUGUUUUGAGGGAUGCAGAGACUGGAUUGAUCAAGGGAUUCGCCAAAUCAGCCGAGAAGAGGGAAACCUUGGUUGAUAUGGUUCUCGGACAGCCCGUCCGUGUCCAUUCUUAG